CCCGUUAUAAAUUAGUGACCGCAUCCCAGGCGGUCUGUGUUACCACGGCGAUGAACUGAAUAAGUGAAAUCGAGCUCCCUGUCUGCUUAUCUAAGAAAUGGCACAAAGAAGAAGACAGGCCCCUGUAAGAUACGGAGAUUGGGAGGAAAAUUUUAACCUCAGGGAGCUAAAGGACAAAAAAUUGGAAGAGAAACUAUGGGAGGUUGAGGACAUUUUGGAGAGAAAAGAGCAAGAGGUACUGGUGAAAUGGAAGGACUGGGAGGGACCAUCGACCUGGGUGAGUUUGGACGAAAACCAGGAGUUGCAGCAAUUUAUUGAGAGAAAUAAAGGAAACCCUCUCUCGUGUCAACUCCACAGCAGGAAUUUAGAUGCUAAUAAAGUAGAGUGUAUGGACCUUCCUGAUGACGUUAUGGCACUGCGACAGGCCAUAUUCGACAGUUUAGGGGAUGCCCGUCGUACACCUGAUGGUGCAUUAGGUGUUCAAGCGAGGACGACUGUGAAAGUGCCAUUCUCUAGUACUAGUUUUAGUACAUACUUCAGAUCUUUGAAGGAUUUGGAUCUGCCAGCAGACAAUGGGAAUGUCGAUUUCUACCUUACAGGUGAAGAAAUGACUUGUGCCAUUGGAGAGAACUGGUCAAGUCGAUGUUACAAAACAUCAACAGAAACCUUCGUCUCCUUCAGAGAAUAUGUUCAUGUCUGGUGGGGAUUUAAGGAGAGAAAACAAUACGAACACAAUACUUGUAAAAGAUGCAACUGGAAAGAUGCUGAAGAGAACCGACCAGAGUUAUGUGACCCCGUCGUACUUUAUGUUCGUGGACCAUCAUGGAUUCAUGAAACCUUUACGAGGUCUCGAAGAAACAUGGUUACUGGGACUGUAGCUAAACGACGAAGACAUAAGAACUCAUGAAGCAAACCAUGCAGAUUUACUAUGAUCUCAGUUUAGGUAAUGCCCGGAGACUUUCCAUGAGCUCAUGGAAUUCAGACCAGAGAUCUUGCAGGGCUUCCACAUUCAGGUCCUGUUCCUCAUCUUCAGAUAAAUCAUAUGAUACCUGCAGACGAGAGCCUACAUUCCUCU